AUGUCCUAUGAAAAGGUGAGCCACCUUCUGAAUGAUCACAUCAGCUCGGAAGACAUGGGCAUGUUCACCACCAAGUACAACACCGCCCUCAGGUCGGGCAAUUGUCCGCCAGCGACUCGUUUCGAGUACGCCCUGGCUCUCACUCGAUCCCGCUACAAGGGCGACCAUCUCCGGGCUGUCAACAUUCUCGAAGAUCUCUGCGUUUCAGGCGAUCCCGAUGUCUUCCGUGAUUACCUCUACUAUUUGACCAUCGUUAAUAUCAAGCUCCAAAACUUUGAGCGUGCUCGGGACUGCAUCAACAAAUUCCUCUCAGUGGAACCGGAAAAUCGCCAGGCUAAAGACCUGAAGGAAUACAUUGAAUCAAAGGUGUUCCGUGAAGGGGUGAAGGGUCUCGCCAUU